AUGCAGGCUACAACUGUGAAACCAGAACUAAUACCUACCCUUUACCCACCUUCUUUGGUCAAGAAUGCAGUGGUAAAAAGAAAAAUUGCAGCACUAAACACAAAUGUGCGCGAGCAUGAGAGUCAUGAAGAUAUUCAUAAGUUGCACAGCAGACUGUUCAGGAAGACCGGUUCACCAGAAGUAACAGCAAUAAUUACGACAUCAACGCCACCUAAGCUACUAGUCUUCAAAAAACCCACACAGAUGGAAUCUGAGGUUGCAUCGAAACUUACGGAGCUCACGAAAUAUCUACCUACUAGCGCUAAGGAUGAACUCAAGAUGCUGCGAGAAAUUCCAGAUCUGGAGGGUUUGACACGCGGCAUGGACCUUACGCUGGUCUCAAAACCGGGUGGAUUCGCAAAGUUGAAGAAACAGUUUGUGAGCAGAUUGAUGCGAAGAACAAUGGGGCUUCCAUUCGAUGACAGCAACAGUUCAGCACUUCCACCGCCAAUCAUCCCUGUGAAGGUCACUCGCAAAAUGAUGCGAGAGCGAUCUCGGAAAGUCGCCAAAAGAAUGCGAAACUUUAAAGCAUAA